GUAUCAGAUUCUAAUUCCAAAAAUAUCUCCAUGUGACUGAAAGAAGCUUAUUCAGCAUUUCCACCACCUAUCCUUUCAUCCAAACUUUCAAAUGCUUUAUGUUGCUUUAAUCUCUAUUUAACACUGACAAAAGUUACCAACAAAAAUAACUAUAAAUUAAUGCUAUUACAUGCAAUAUUCUCCAUGAUUAGUACCAACCUGCACCACAGAUUGCAGAUAACAUAUCGAUCUGAAAUGGACCCAAACCAAAGUAGCUCUUCCAAAGCUGAUAGAAAGACCAUAGAAAAAAACCGGAGGACUCACAUGAAAGGCCUCUACACUGAACUCGGUUCACUCAUUCCGCGUCAAAAUCACAGGCUGGAUCAGGCCAAGUCGUUGACAGAUCAACUCGACGAAGCUGAAAAGUACAUUAAGAAACUACAAGGGAAGCUGGAGAAAAUGAAGGAGAAGAGAGAGCGUUUGAUGAGGGAUAAUCCAAAUGCUAGGCUUUAUGGAGGACUAGCAACUCGAGCACAGAUUGAAAUUCACGAAUCUGGUGAUGCACUGGUGCUCAAUCUGGUAACUGAUCUGGAGUGCGAGUUUAUGUUUAAUGAGACUAUUCGAAUGUGUCAUGAAAGAAGGGUUGGAUAUCAUCAAUGCAAGCUUUUCCGUCACCGAGAAUUCAGUAUUCCACACUAUACACUCCAAGGUUGGAGAAUAUGCUGAAGAAGGUGCAAUUUCUCGAGCUACUGAGAAACUAAACACGUUUGUGGCCGGUUCUACCUAAUAUAUUUUCUCCUCAACCUCUCGGCGGACUUGACUAUUCCGAUGAGAGAUUAACAUGGGAACCUGCUGAACAUAAAUGAUGGCCAAGUGGAGAAUCGAUUACAUAUUAUAAGAAGUUGAAGCAGUUUAAUUAUUAUGUUAAUUCUGUGCUUAAGUACAUGCAUAUAAAUCUAGGUUUAAUAAGGUUUGCUUAUGAUUUGUGUGUAAUAUUAUAUACCAGUUCUGUCUGGUCAGUACUAGCUGGGUGAUCCUCCUGUUAGACCAGAGAGAGUAAAUAUGUUGUGUGUAUAUAUUAUAUCUCAUAGUCUGUUACAGGAGGAGGUAGCCUCAAGUUUCCAACCCCCUUUCCAGAUCUACUUCUACGUUAUUUAUACUACCUGCUCAUGUGCUUGGCA